CCCAUGCGCCUGACAGACAGCGCGGAGGGAGACACCGAGUGGAACAUCUCGACUUUACCCCAAAAACAGCGCUGCUUGCCCGGCUGCCGCGGACCGCUCUCCUCCCGGACCCCGGAGCUGCCUCUUUCGGGGGGGGAUUUACGGGAUUUACCUGCGCAUCCGAUCGCUCUGUGUGUGUGUGCGUGUGUGGGGGGGAAAAAAUGACUAAAUGUGAAGCAAACGGCGCCGGAGAAAGUGUGCCUUGUUUGGAUCUAAACGGGUCGUGUGCCACAACAUAAAACUCACCGAGGCCUGGAGUUAGCAUUAGCCCGUUAGCUGAUCUUACAGGUGUUUGGUCUGAAAAUAACCAAACGUAGCUGAUAGGUGCGGUUGGUGACAGUUCGACUCAAAUGUCUUGACUUUACCUGGACGUGAAUGUGCCUGUUAUACGCGCUGAGCAAGAAUCCGGGAUAAAACGGAGCAACAUUAUUAUUAGCCGUUAGCGCUCCACUUAGCAUUAAAUUAGCUUGUUUACAGCAGGCUAGCCGCAUUAGCCCGGGAGCUAGCGCCGUAACUUUAUCGCUGCAUGUGCUUAUUUACCGAUGUAGCUGGGGUUUGCGGGGACUGACUCGACGUCGAAGCGGCCAUCGGGCUUUAGGGAUCGUUUUUUGUUCGCCGCAAAGUGUCUGGAUUUUUUCCCCCCGCGGCGCUUGUCCUGGACUGACCCACCCACAGGACUCUGAACCCGGGGGCCGAUGCUGACGGUUCAGCCCGGAGCACGGCAACGCCAGGAGCCGCUACAGCCAUGCAGCCCCAGCAGAUCUACGACUUUUCCAGUGACGAGAACAGUCACAAAUGGAGAGGCCUCUUCGUGCAAGCCCUGCGAAAGGUGCAGAAGCAGGUGCACCCGAACCUGCAGGCGAAGGAGGACGCUCUCCAGCACAUCGAAGAGCUGAUCCUGCAACUGCUCAACAUGCUCUGUGUGGCCCAACCCAGAUCUGUGCAGGACGUGGAGGAGCGUGUGCAGAAGACCUUCCCUCACCCCAUCGAUAAAUGGGCGAUCGCAGACGCUCAGGCGGCCAUCGAGAAACGCAAACGGAGAAACCCUCUGCUGCUGCCCGUCGACAAGAUACACCCGCUGCUCAAGGAGGUGUUGGGGUACAGAGUGGAUUACCACGUCUCUCUCUACAUCGUGGCCGUUCUCGAGUACAUAUCCGCAGACAUCCUGAAGCUCGCCGGAAACUACGUGGGAAACAUCCGUCACUACGAGAUCAGCCAGCAGGACAUCAAGGUGUCCAUGUGCGCCGACAAGGUGCUCAUGGACAUGUUCGACCAGGAGGAGGACAUCGGGCUCAUGUCCCAGGGCCCGGAGGAGCCUUCGUCUUCGGGGGAGCUCACCUACGAUGACCUGGUGCGGCUGGAGAUCGCCGAGGAGAGACAGUACCUGCGAGAACUCGACCUCAUCAUCAAAGUGUUCCGACAUCACUUCCUGUCCAACCCCAAGAUCUUCGCGCCGCAGGACGUGGAGGUGAUCUUCAGUAACAUCCUGGACAUCCACGAGCUCACGGUGAAGCUGCUGGGUCUGAUCGAGGACGCUGUGGAGAUGACGGCCGACGGGAGCCCACACCCUCUGGUCGGGAGCUGCUUCGAAGACCUGGCCGAGGAGCAGGCGUUCGACCCGUACGAGACCUUAUCCCAGGACAUCCUCAGUAAAGACUUUCACGAACACUUCAACAACCUGAUGUCCCGGCCCACAGUCGGACUCUACUUUCAGUCUGUGGCGGAGGGGUUUAAAGAGGCCGUGCAGUACGUCCUCCCUCAGCUCAUGAUGGUCCCCGUCUAUCACUGCAUGCACUACUUUGAGCUUCUACAGCAACUCCAGGAGCGCAGUGAGGACGAGGACGACCGCGAGUGUCUGAAACAGGCCAUCACCGCGCUCCUGAACCUGCAGUGCAGCGUGGACCGAAUCUACGCCAAACACCAACCGCGACGCAAACCCGGGGAGCCCAUGUAUCGCCUGUACAGUCGUCAGGUGCGCUCCAAACAGCUCGCCAUCAAACGCAUGAACGAGAUCCAGAAGAGCAUCGACGGCUGGGAGGGCAAAGACAUCGGCCAGUGCUGCAGCGAGUUCAUCCUGGAGGGGGCCCUGAUCCGCGCCGGCGCCAAACACGAACGCCACAACUUCCUGUUCGACGGCCUCAUGAUCAGCUGCAAGGCCAACCAGAGCUCGCGGCUGCCUGGGUCGGGAAGCGGCGCCGAAUACCGACUCAAGGAGAAAUUUGUGUUACGAAAAAUCCGAAUUGUAGACAGGGAGGACACGACGGAGCUUAAGCACGCGUUCGAACUGGUCGGGAAGGACGAAAACUGCGCGGUGUUUUGUGCGCGGACGGCGGAGGAGAAGGCGGCGUGGAUGGCGGCGCUGGUGACCUUACAGUAUCGAUCUACGUUAGACCGGAUGCUGGACACGGUGCUGCAGCACGAGGAGCAGGCCCACCCUCUCAGGCUGCCCUCGCCAGAGAUUUAUAUGUUCGCGGUACAGGACAGCGAGGAAAAUAUCGUGUUUGAAGAUAAAGUCCAGAGCAAAACUGGGAUCCCCAUCAUCAAGGCGGGGACGGUGGUCAAACUGAUCGAGAGGCUCACCUACCACAUGUACGCAGACCCAAACUUCGUGCGGACCUUUCUCACCACGUACCGGUCCUUCUGUAAACCACAGGAGCUCCUCACUCUUCUAAUAGACAGGAUUGAGAUUCCAGAGCCGGAGCCGACAGAGGAGGACCGACAGGCUCUGUGGAACGGAGACCAGCCCAUGGCCGCGGAACUGCAGAGAUUCAGGAAGGAAUAUGUACAACCAGUACAGCUCAGAGUCCUGAAUGUUUUCCGACAGUGGGUGGAACAUCAUUUUUACGAUUUUGAAAACGAUCCGGAGCUUCGGAGCCGACUCGAGGAGUACAUCACCAGCAAAAUACAACUCAGAGGGAAGUCCAUGAGGAAGUGGGUGGAGUCCAUUAAUAAAAUCAUCAAGAGGAAGUUGCAGACUCAGUCCAACGGCGUGAGCCACAACAUCACGUUCGAGAGCCCGCCCCCUCCCAUCGAGUGGCACCUGUGCCGCGCCGGCCAGAGCGACGCCUUCGACCUGCUCACGCUGCACCCCAUCGAGAUCGCACGCCAGCUCACCCUGCUCGAGUCUGAGCUCUACAGAGCCGUGCGUCCCUCAGAACUGGUCGGCAGCGUUUGGACCAAAGAAGACAAAGAGAAGAACUCUCCGAAUCUGCUCCGAAUGAUCCGCCACACCACCAACCUCACGCUGUGGUUUGAGAAGUGUAUCGUGGAGAUGAUGAACCUGGAGGAGCGCGUGGCCGUCAUGACUCGGAUCAUCGAGAUUCUGCAGGUUUUUCAGGAGCUCAACAAUUUCAAUGGAGUUUUGGAGGUCGUCAGCGCCAUCAACUCUGUCCCCGUGUACAGGCUCGACCACACGUUUGAGGCGAUCCCGGAGAGGAAGAAGAAAGUUCUGGAGGAGGCCGUGGAGCUGAGCCAGGACCAUUUUAAGAAAUAUUUGGCAAAACUCAAGUCAAUAAACCCACCCUGUGUGCCUUUCUUUGGAAUAUAUUUAACCAACAUCCUGAAGACGGAAGAGGGAAACCCGGAUUUUCUGAAACGCCACGGAAAAGAACUCAUCAACUUCAGCAAACGACGGAAAGUGGCGGAAAUCACCGGCGAGAUCCAACAGUACCAGAACCAGCCGUACUGUCUGAAAGUGGAGCAGGACAUCAGGAGGUUCUUUGAAAACUUGAAUCCGAUGGGGAACAGAGGAGAGAAGGAGUUUGCCGAUUAUCUCUUCAACAUGUCUAUGGAGAUCGAGCCCCGGCACAGCAGGCAGCCGCCACGAUUCCCCAGAAAGACGGUUUACUCUCUGAAGUCUCCGGGGAUCCGGCCGGUGCGCACCUCGACCUCGGGGACUCUGAAGGGUCACCCCGUCCCCCUGGAGCGAGAGCCGCCUCAUAAAAUCACGUUCAGGAGCAUCGCCGAGACGGAGCAGGAACCACCGACCUCUGCCUCUGUGCCCACGAGCCCAAACACUCCCACCCCCCCACAGUCCGCCUCCUCAGACCUCAGCAGCGUCUUCAUGGAGCACGAGCUCAGCAACUCCUACGGAGCUGGAAACUCGAUAUUCGCUCCGGUCCUUCUGCCGCCUUCCAGUAAGUUCCAAGAAUUUCAGUCGGUGUCGUGUGGAAGUCUCCAUCAGCUCGGAGAGGAGCCUCUGAAACCCCCUCCUCUGCCCCCGAGAAGGAAGGACGCGCUCUCAGACACCAAGAUGGGUCCCGGCUCGGACAACCCUCCCGCCAUCCCCCCUCGGCUGCCCCCUCCUCUUCCUCGCACGCAGCCGCGCGCGCCGUACAACGGGCCUCUGCCGGUGGACGGGCCUUUACCCAGUCCCCCUCCCCCUCCUCCCCGCGACCCGAUGCCCGACACGCCGCCGCCCGUGCCCCAGCGCCCGCCCGAGAUCUUCAUCAACUACCCCCUGAACCUGCAGCCCUCCCCCGUCGGACGCUACCACUGGGACUUCAACAGCUCGCCCAGCUCGCCCAACACGCCGCCGAGCACGCCGUCGCCGCGGGUCCCGCGCCGGAGCUGCCCGCUAAGUGCCAGCCAAAACAGUCUGUGCCCGCUGCCCCCCACCGCCGCCCCCGCCGUCCCCCCGCGCCACAACUCCAGCCCGCAGCUGCCCAAACUACCGCCAAAGACCUACAAACGAGAGCUGCUGCCGCCGCCCCUCCAAGGCCUCUCAUUGGUGGAGAACGCAGAGAGCAGCCAAUAGGGUCGCGGCUCAAGGAAGUGGCGAUCGCGUCGGGAAUGAGCUCGGAAGUGGUGUGAGCGUCUUGGAUUGCACCAAAACUUGGGCUUGUACUUUGCUGUUUAACAAAGUUUCUGUGUAAAAUUUAGAAAUAUCAUUAUAAUAUUUAGACUUCAGGUCCUUUAUGAGGCUUUGCACCGUCACGUGUCCCCAUGGCAACGGUACCUACGCCGCCAUGACACCGGACACACUGUGUCACUGACUUCAGCAGCAUCGGAGAAACAUGGGCAGGUUUUGUUGUGUAUUUGGUUGUUCUAGACGCUCUGAAAACGAUAAAACGAUUCCCGGUGUCAUGGCGGCGUAGGUACUGUUGCUAUAGGGACAUGUGACGGUGCAAAGACUCUAUAGGUUCAAAAAAAAUUUAACAACAAAGAAGAGAGAUUUAAAGGUGCAGUACGUAACUUUUCCGGUGGAGGUUUUGUCAAACGCUUUUCUCCUUGGAGACUUUAUCACUUUGUCUGGAAUGU